UAAGCUAUGUUACAACAAAACAGACGAUUUUUUACCCAUCUUUCAUCGUGUCCUUGAAGGAAGGAAAUUUGAACAGGAAAAAUAAAUCAAUUAUUCAUUAAUUGUUACACAAGUUACAUAUUUGCUAAGAACUCACAAGAGUGUUCAGAGUAAUGUCUUCUUCUGCCUAUUUCCAACAAGUUAUAAAAUGUUUUACACCAAACCAGUUUCUCCAUCGAUGUACAGCAGCCGGUCUUGCACAUUUAACACAAAAAGCAACGUAUGUUAACAGCAGUUCUUCACCACUUACAGCAGCAUUCAACUCCAAACCUCGAAAACUCAACUUAAAUUUUUCAUUAACAACAGAAAAUUCGGGAUUAUUUGAUAUUCCACUAUUAAGGAGCCCAGACGGAGUAUAUCUUUUGAAAGAAAACAGACUCAAUCAGGUUGAAGAACUGGUAGCAGAAUGUUGUGAUCCUGAUAGGAAGAGACGAAUGGUUGAGAUCUUUGAUGAUUUAUCAAAUGCCUUAUGUCUGGUUGCUGAUCUUGCAGAAUUCUUGAGAAUCGCUUCACCAAAUCAACAAUUUGCAAGUGCAGCAGAGAAUGCCUGUGUUGCAAUCUCUAACCUGGUUGAACAGCUAAACACAAACAGAAAUCUUUAUGAAAUUUUAAAGAGAGCAGUUGAAAAAGGAGAUUGUUUGCCCACUUCACCUAUGGAUGUGCAUGUUGCACAGUUGUUUAUAUUUGACUUUGAGCAAAGUGGAAUUCAUUUGCAAGAAGCUCAAAGGCAACAAGUUGUUAAUUUGAAUGAAUAUAUUCUUCAACUUGGACAAAGAUUCGGCAUGAAUGCCCAUGAACCAAGACAAGUAAACAAGGAAGCUCUCCCAUCACAUAUUAGACAUCAAUUUGCGCUUGAUGGGGAAAAUAUCACUAUAAACGGACUCUACACCGACGCAGCAAAUGAAAUUGCUCGAGAAGCUGCCUACAAAAUCUAUCUCUAUCCAUCGGAAGAGCAAGAAGAUACGCUACAAAAACUUCUCCGAGCUAGACAUCACUUGGCGCAGUUGUGUGGUUUCCCCACAUAUCCUCACAGAGCACUUAAAGGAAGCCUGGCAGAAAAUCCUGAAAUGGUGAUGAACUUUCUUGACUCGCUGUCCACAGAACUUAACCCUCGAGCUGCGAGGGACUACAACACCAUGAGAGACUUGAAGAAAAAAACAAAUUACAAUAACAAAGAAUUGGCUGUCUGGGAUACGCCUUUUUUCACCGGAUUGGCUCGUCGUCAGAUUUCUGGUCACGGCGACGAUCUUUCACCUUUUUUCUCUCUCGGAGCCUGUAUGGAAGGAUUGGACAUGAUUUUCAAUAGUCUCUAUGGUAUUCGAUUGCAACUUAGCACUCUUAAGCCAGGAGAGGCCUGGUGCCAAGAUAUUUACAAGAUCGACGUAGUUCACGAAUCCGAAGGCCUGAUUGGACACAUUUAUUGUGAUUUUUAUGAUCGACCACGCAAGCCUCACCAAGAUUGUCACUUUACAAUUGUUGGUGGGAAAGAACUUGCUGACGGAACAUAUCAAAAUCCUGUUGUUGUAUUGAUGCUUACGUUGCCGUCUCCCUCAUGGGGAACUCCAAGCUUGCUAACACCCAAUAUGGCCGACAAUCUAUUCCACGAAAUGGGACAUGCCAUGCAUUCCAUGUUGGCCAGAACCCGUUAUCAACACGUAACAGGAACGCGUUGUGCGACAGAUCUUGCAGAAGUGCCUUCUAUUUUGAUGGAGUUUUUUGCGUCCGAUCCAAGAGUGGUCUCUAAGUUUGCUCGUCACUACAAAACUGGCGAAGCAUUGCCUGCGAGUCGGUUAGAAUCAUUAUGCGCUGCCAAACACACGUUUGCUGCUGCCGAAAUGCAACAGCAGGUGUUUUACUCUGCUCUUGAUCAAAAGCUUCACAUCCAUCCAUCCAGUGGAAGUAACAGCACAACCACCGAUGUCACGGCGGAGGUUCAACAGCAGUAUUACGGCUUACCUUUCGUUCAGAAUACGGCAUGGCAACACCGGUUUAGUCAUAUCGUUGGCUAUGGAGCCAAAUACUAUUCUUACUUACUGUCGCGCGGUGUGGCUGCAUGGAUCUGGCAGCAAAACUUUCAAGAGGAUCCCUUUAGUCGUGAAGCAGGCGAAAGCUUCCGUCACGGCUUUCUUGCUCACGGUGGCAGCAAGCCGGCACGCGACAUGGUGACGUCAUUUUUAGGGAAAGAAGUAAACUCGUCCACACUGACCCAUUCUCUCAUCCGCGAACUUGAUGCCAAGCAGGAAACAUUACUGUCGCAUCUGAACAAGAAAUAGGAAUUUUGUAAAUUAGUUAUAGCCUAGUCAUAUUUUGUCGAAUUCAAAUAUGCUUUCAUGAAUACUGUUAAAAGGACUAUGGUGCGAAUGUUUUUAAGAGUCCGGCUCAAUAAACGUUUUUCGCUUCAA